CAUAGUCCUCCAAUCUGCGUGCUCGCAAACGCCUUGAAGCGUACCUCGAGCUAUAAGAAGGCGCAAGGCCAGAUAUCUGGGCGUGUCCUAUCAUGUAUCCUCAGCUAUGGUUACGCAAAUCGAAAAGCCGAGUCUUGCGAUCACUGCAGACGCUUGCAAGAUCAUCCUUACACAGCCCAAUUUUGGGUCACCUUUAGAGGUUGAUAUGUCCGAGCCUUGUGUCACCGUGGCAUAUGACGUUGGGAGAGAGAAAGAGAAGGAGGCGGAGUACGCAACCUGCUUCGAAAACGUUGUGAAGGCCGAAUUAGACAUACCCAACGGUUAUGCAAAGGUAGUCGUGUUGAUCAUUAGAUGGGAUGAUGAGAUUGACGACUUUAAGGAAGGCCAUGAUAAAGAGAUCAGAAGGCUGAGAAGAGUACUUCAGGAUGAUUUUCGCUUCGAAGUUAGUCCAGAAGUACGGUUGGGAACGACUAAAAAUCCUCAAAAUACUCUCAAUUCAGCCAUUGCCAGCCAUAUGGACAAGCACGAUGGUCAAAACAAUCUUUUAGUUGUUUACUAUACUGGACAUGGCCUGUUGAGAGGCCCUGUGAAUGGAAAUGGGAGAUUGGAGUUAUCAGCGACUUCCAAUGCUCACAGGGCAACAAAUGGCCAAUACUCUGCUACAGCAUAUUGGGAUCUUGCUGAACGACCACUCCUGGAUCCAUCAACCGAAGCCGACGUUUUGGUGUUGCUCGAUUGUUGUUUUGCUGGCAAUUCUCAUAAGAGUACAACCGAUGAUCGCAGGACCUAUGAGUUGUUAGCUGCUUGUCCAAGAGAUGGAACCACCAGAGCACCGGGGCCAGAUUCCUUCACAACCCGUUUAUUAGACUCAUUGGAGGGGUUACUGGCCAAUGGAAAGGGCCUGCAUUUCCUAACAACCAAGCUCAAGAACGAAAUAAACAAGCCAGGCGAGAUCUCUUCAGAAUUGUAUGAUCGUCUGGACAAUCAUAACGGACGCCACGUGCAGCUGGCACCUUUAGGGGAACGGACAGCCGCAGAGGACAAAACACUUCUAUCACGGCCACGUGAACAAGCCGGGAUUAAGCUUCGAUUCUCGUUACGAGAAUCUGAACUGUCGAAAAAUCAGAUUGAGAAAUUUGCCCAGGAACUGGUCAAAGCCUGCAAGGAAGCGAACAUGCCUAUACGUCAGAUCGACUGGAUCAAAAUGAAACAACAAAGACCACGAGAGGUCUUCCGAAGAGUAGAGAAAGAUGUGACAAGACAUACUAGACGCACAUCUUCGCUCUUGCUUCCGGAGCAACAUGUGAGAGAGCAGCGUUCCACAGGUAGUAGCACGCGCUGUGAAUCUGUGCACGAAGAGUCAGUGCAAAGAGGUGACGCGGAGAGGGAUGAGUCGAAACAGUAUUCAGUUGUCCAUGUCCUGCGUGUAUCCAGACCCGUCUGUCCGGCCAGAGUCUGGAUGAACCCGUGGAUAUUGGUCGUACUCUGCGUCGGAUUCUGUGUAGGAAUGUACGUGUCACGUUAGCUGGAGGAGCUUAGUUUGGUUCUGGCGGAUUGGUUUCGUAUUUUCGAUCUCUCGGAUUUCUUUGCAUGUCCUGUUGUAUUGUAGUGAUCUUCCCAAGUUCAAAACAUAUGUCGUC